UUUUCCUGAACAAAAUGUACCUUCGCUUGUUACAAGGGAAGCAGUACAAAGUAGUAACAAUGGUUUUUUGAAUGAACUGAGUGAUAACUUAACGAUUACUGGAAUAAUUGCCAACACAAGUGUUCAAAUAUCUGGCAAUAUAAAUAGACCCUCCGUUCAAAACCCUGAAAAUAAUAAUGCAAAUGUUCAGAGAGGUGUUCCUGUUGGAAAUGUUUCAAAUAUGAUUUAUCCUUCCGAUGAUCCAAAUAAUAAUAUUGAUGGUUCUCCAGCAGUAUCGCCCUCAACUCAAAAAGUCCUCACGAGAGAUCCCCCAUCAGCAGCGGAACCUGCUUCUUGGCAAAUCCCACCAAGUGCUUUACAACCAAAGAAAAAUUUGAAGAGCUUGCAGUUUGAGAAAUACGAAGCACGCAUAUCUGAAAAUGUCCACGAUACGGAGGCUUGGUUAAGUUUACUUGCUGAAGUACAGGCAAAGGCAGACAUAGAUAAAUCACGUCAAUGGGUACAAUACGCCGAAUACGAACUCAAACAUGAACAUUACGACAGAGUGGAAAAUAUAUUUGCUCGUUGUCUUCGCUCUGUCCUGUCAGUUGACUUAUGGAAGUUUUAUCUUAAUUAUGUGCGUCGUAUGAAUCAAGUGGAAAAGGGAUCAGCGACAAGCUCUCAUGCAAGGGCAACUAUUUCUGCCACUUAUGAGUAUGUUCUUAAUCACGUUGGUUUGGAUAAGGAUGCUGGUACUCUAUGGUGUGAUUAUUUGUUUUUCUUGAAAACUGGUGAAACGCAUAAUACUUGGGAAGAACAACAAAAAAUGGAUAUUAUGAGAAAAGCAUAUCAAAAAGCUAUAUGCAUUCCCCUAAAUAAUGUUGAACUCAUUUGGAAAGAAUAUGAUCAAUUCGAAAAUGCAUUGAACAAAGUUACGGCAAAAAAAUUCUUGCAAGAUCGUUCACCAUCGUAUAUGACUGCACGAGCUGCUGUGAAAGAGAUGCGUCGGUUUACAGACAAGAUCAAUAAGAAUGUAGUUCCCACACCUCCAAAGUGGAGUAAAACUGAAAGAGAACAGCUCUCAUAUUGGAAAGAAUGGAUAGAAUGGGAGAAGUCGAAUCCCCUGGCGCUCGAAGAUCAAUCGGCGCUGACGCAGAGGAUAAUAUACGUCUAUAAGCAGGCAAUGAUGUACUUGCGUUUUUAUCCCGAGAUAUGGUUUGAGGCUGCGAAUUACUGGGCAUCAAUUAAAAAGGAAGAGGAGACAGUUACUCUGUUAAAGACGGCGAUGGAAAUUAUGCCGAAUAGCUUUCUUGUUCACUUUGCCUACGCCGAAUUACAAGAACAUCGGAAACAACAUACCGAAGCUCGCCAGGCUUACGAGUCUUUACUUUCACACGUUCAAUCCCAGAUUGAAGAAAUAGAAAAAUCUACUGAGGUAGAAGUCAGAUCUUUGAUGCAGUCGUCCAUAGAAAGUGUUAACGAGGAUGGAGAUACGGAGAUGGAUGGUGAGACCCGCGAACAACUAAGGAUUAAAGAAAAAGAACGGGAGAAAGAGCGAGUUAAACUCGAGGAGAGCAAACGUCAAGAAAUAGAUGAAUUGGCAAAGGCUUGCGGUCUUACAUGGAUAAUGCUGAUGCGGUUCACAAGACGCACGGAGGGCAUUAAAGCUGCUAGAGCAAUCUUUAGCAGAGCUAGAAAGUCAAGACAUUGCACAUAUCAUGUGUUUGUGGCCUCUGCAUUGAUGGAAUAUCACUGUAGCAAAGACCAAUCGGUUGCCGGUAAGAUUUUUGAGCUGGGACUAAAAAAUUACGCGGACAAUCCUGAAUAUGUGGCACAAUAUUUGGACUUUUUAAUUCAGUUGAAUGACGAUAAUACUCUAUUCGAACGAACUCUGAUGUCAAUGCCGGUUGAGAAGGCUAAGAUUUUAUGGAAACGGUUUUCAGAGUAUGAAAAUAAAUAUGGGGAUCUUACGGCGAUUCGAAAAAUUGAUGAGCGGAGGUCAAAAGAAUAUCCAGAGGAAUCUACACUAUCUCGAUUUGCAGAUCGGUAUAGUUUUUUAGACACCAACGUCAUAUUGAAAAAGGAAGUUGGUCCGAAACCUGAUCCGGAAACUAUCGAGAGUCCACCAUCCGAAGUUCAAAACGAAGAAGAGCAAGAUUCUGCACCCACUAGGCGUGCACUAUUGGAUUCUGUUCACCCAGAAAAAUAUCCUCGACCAGACUUUCGACAAUGGGUUUUGUAUAAGCCUACGGCAGAACAAUUACGGCGCCCAUUUUUCCCACCACCUGUAUCCUCUACUCCUGGUUCAACACAACAAGUACGUCCAUCUCCACCUCCAGCAUCGCAGGGAGUUUCACAUGGCCCAUCCACAAUAACAAGUCCACCAUCAACGCAGAAUCUUUCUCAACCUGCACCUUUUAAUUGGACGCAUGGUCCAAAUGGGAUGAUGUUACCUGAUGUCAUUGUUAAAUUUUUAUCAGUAUUGCCUGCACCAUCAAGUUUUAACGGACAAAUAAUAAAUCCUACGGAUUUAAUAGAGUUGCUCCUUAAUUCCGUGCCAAGCGGUGGAUUGUUAAGUGGACCACCAUCACAUUCACUUCAACCACCUAUUCAACAAUCACGGGAUAGAUCUCGAGGAGGUAGUCCAGCUCGUGGCGAUGGUAGAGGUUAUGGUGGAGAUGGCAGAUAUGGCGACGGUUCUAGAAGCUAUGACCGGAACAUGGAAAGUGGCCGUGGUGGUUCGGGUCGGCUCGGAAAGCAAAUGAGGGGUUCAAUUCCUGUGCAACGUGGUCGAGGUAUAAGCGAUGGUGGAUCUCAGUUUAGUGCUAAGCGCAGACGAAGAGAUUUUGAUGGGGAAACCGAAGAAUUUCAGGGCAGAGGUGGCCCUGGAAUCAAUCGACCUCCAGACUAUGAUCUCUUCCGUGCUCGACAACAGAAAAAGAGAGUUCGUAACGAAUCGUACGGACCAAGCAGCGCGGCAGUAGGUCCUAAUGAAUAA